AUGCAGGUAGGAGAGGAGGAAACAACUGCAGAAACCAAUGAACCAGAACCGGUGGCACCUCCGGUAGUGAAGCCCAAGCCCAUAAAGCGGAAACUGGUGGUGAAAGCAGACCCCAAGGCAGACUCGCCCAAACCGCGGAGAAUUUCGCAGAGAUGCUUGGGAAGGCGAUUGUUUCAGCAGUUUGUCGUUGAUGCAUACACGAUGAUUGAGACUGGACGUCUUACUUUUGUACGAACCCAUCAAAAAAGGUUGCUGGCUGAAUUGUAUAGUGGUCUGGCGGAAGCUGUUCUUCGUGGUGAGACAGAUGGUUCAAGGCAUGGGAAACGAAUUAUCUUGCCUUCCAGUUUUGUUGGUGGAGCUCGAUAUAUGGUUCAGAUUAUCAAGAUGCGAUGGCGAUCUGUAGGUGGAUUGGAGAUAUGUCGAUAUCUUGCAUCUAAGGGCUUGAAAUCAGAUGAUCGUCCUGAUAUUAUUUGUAGAAUCUUUAAAGUCAAGUUGGAUAAUUUGAUAAGAGAUCUUAAGAGUAAAAAAAUAUUUGGAGCUGUGAAAGCAGUUGUGUACACAGUUGAGUUUCAGAAACGUGGAUUGCCCCAUGCUCAUAUUUUGUUGUUUUUAAGCAAUGAGGACAAACAGCCUAAGCCUCAACGCAUUGAUGAGAUUAUUUCAGUUGAACUUCCCGACCAAGUAGCUGAUCCUCACUAUUAUGAGUAUGUGAAAGAAUACAUGAUGCAUGGGCCGUGUGGUGUCGUUCGAAAAUCGUCUCCUUGCAUGGUCAAUGGACGUUGUUCCACAUAUUUUCCCAAAAAAUAUCUCGCGGUCACAAGCAUUGAUGAAGAUGGCUAUCCUGCUUACAGACGUAGAGAUAAUGGUCGUAUUGUUGUGACGGAUGGUGUGCCCCUAGAUAAUAGAUAUGUUGUUCCACACAAUCGUUAUCUUCUUAUGAAGUAUGGCGGUCAUGUCAACGUUGAGUGGUGCAACCAGUCGCAAUCUAUUAAGUAUAUAUCGUCUUGUGAAGCUGCUUGGAGAAUAUUUGGAUUUGAAAUUCAAUACAAAGAUCCUCCUGUUGAAAGAUUGAGUUUUCAUCUUUCAGAUCAACAACAUGUCAUAUUUGAUGAAGCAGCUGACUUGGUUACUGUUUUGAAUCGUAAGACAAUUCAUGAAAGUAAGUUCUUGGCUUGGAUGGAAGCAAAUAAGAUAUAUUCUCAAGGUAGGGACCUCACUUAUGGUGAAUUUCCUACGAAAUUUGUAUGGAAGAAGAAUCACUGGGAACCUAGGAAACAAAGAUAUUCUAUUGGAAGGUUGUUUUAUGUUGCUCCUGGUUCUGGUGAUAUGUAUUAUCUCAGAUGUUUGUUAAAUAUUGUUAAAGGAGCUUCUUCCUAUGAAGACAUCAGAUGUGUUAAUGGCGUUCAGUAUGCUACAUUUAGAGAUGCUUGCUUUGCUUUAGGGUUGUUGGAUGAUGAUAAGGAAUAUGUUCAUGGAAUUGUGGAGGCUUCUUUUUGGGCUUCAGCUCACUCUUUGAGAUUGCUGUAUGUGAGUUUGUUAACAUCAGAAUCUAUUUCACGCCCGGAUUUUGUUUGGCAAAGUUGUUGUAAACAGUUGUCCGAAGAUGUUCUUUAUAGCCGUCGAAAAUUAACAAAUAAUCCUGGUUUGAUCUUGAGUGAGGAUGAAAUUCAGAAUUUUGCGUUGGCAGAAAUAGAGAAGUUGCUGCAGAAUCUUGGCAAAACUUUGCGUGAUUUCCAUGGUUUGCCGUAUACUGGUAUUCAGUAUUUUGAAUCAUGUGAAAAUAGACUGAUUAUUGAUGAGUUGUGUUAUGAUCGCGAUGUUUUAGCAAGUGAAUAUUCGGAAUGUAUUUCCAAAUUCACUGACGAGCAACUUUGUGUGCAUGACACUAUAAUGUCGUCUGUGUAUUCUAAUGAUGGAGGAAUAUUUUUUGUUUACGGGUAUGGAGGUACUGGGAAAACUUUCAUUUGGAGAGCAUUGUCUGCAGGGAUUCGUUCGAAGGGCGAUAUUGUUUUAAAUGUGGCGUCAAGUGGCAUAGCAUCUUUAUUAUUGUCGGGUGGUAGAACGGCCCAUUCUCUGUUUAAAAUUCCCAUUAUUGUGAAUGAAGAUUCUAUGUGCAAUAUUAAACCAGGUAGUGCACUUGCUGAGUUGAUUGUGAGAGCAAAGCUUAUUAUAUGGGAUGAAGCUCCAAUGAUUCAUAAACAUUGCAUAGAAGCCGUGGAUAGAACUUUAAGAGAUAUUAUGCGUGUAUCUGAUCAAUUAAACAUGAACAAGCCGUUUGGUGGAAAAACGGUUGUUUUCGGUGGUGACUUUAGACAAAUUUUGCAUGUUGUUCCUAAAGGCAGUCGUCAAGAUGUUGUGAAUGCUACUAUUAACUCAUCUUAUCUUUGGAAGAGUUGUACAGUUGUAAGGCUGACAAAAAAUAUGAGGCUUUUGAAUGUGGAAAAUGUUGAUGAAGCCUCCAAAUUGAAAGAAUUUUCCUCUUGGGUUGCUUCUAUUGACGAUGGUGUUAUUGGUGGUCCAAAUGAUGGGGAAGUGAGUAUUCAACUUCCUGCUGACAUUGUUUUGUCAAAUUCUGGUGAUCCUCUUAGAACCAUUGUUUCAAAUGUCUAUCCUUCUUACAUGAUUCCUGAAGAAUUGAUUAGUUGUUUGCAUGGUCGUGCUAUACUUGCUCCUACAUUAGAGGUAGUUGAUGAGGUUAACCAAUUCAUGAUUUCUUUGGAUCAGUCUCCAGGUCGUGUUUACUUAAGUUCUGAUAGUAAUUCAAAAUCUGAUUUCACAUCAAAUGGUCUCGCUGAGAUACAUUCUGUGGAGUUCUUGAACAGUUUGAAGUGUUCUGGUACUCCUAACCAUGAAUUGUUGUUGAAAGUUGGUACACCAGUGAUGUUGUUGAGGAACAUAGACCUGUCAAAUGGGUUGUGUAAUGGCACAAGACUGAUAAUUACACGAUUAGGUGAUUAUGUGUUAGAAGGACGGGUAUUGGGUGGCCAUAAUAUUGGCCAUAAAGUGUUGAUUCCUCGAAUGUCCCUAAUACCGUCUGAUCCGAGAUUGCCUUUCAAGUUCCAAAGAAGACAGUUUCCUUUGACUGUGUCGUAUGCAAUGACCAUUAACAAGAGUCAGGAUCAAUCGCUCUCUCAUGUUGGAUUGUUUUUGAGAAAACCUGUUUUCAAUCAUGAACAGUUGUAUGUUGUUAUAUCAAGAGUCACAAGUCGUGAAGGUUUGAAGAUUUUGGUGUGUAAAGAUGAACAAGGUGAAGGCUAUGGUGAUUCUACUGUUAACAUUGUUUAUGUUAACAUUGUUUAUAAAGAAGUUCUUCAAAACUUAUGA